CCCAAGCGUCUGUACAGCUCCAAGAGUGCAGUCACAUGCUCGGUGCAGGAGAAAAAUUCAUAUUUAUAUACAUGGCAACAGCAACCACGUGUGAAUAUUAUGACUCCCAAGUAGAGAGCUUUAACACCACAGAGCACUGCGAGACUCCUGACACGGGGAAGAGGGUCCACUGCUAUGCCUCGUGGAAGAACACCUCCCUGGAGUUCAAACUUUUGAAGAAGGGCUGCUGGUUGGACUACAGCGACUGCUAUGGCAAGGAACAGUGCAUUGAGAAUAAAGAUAAACCAGACAAGGAUGUUUUCUUCUGCUGUUGUGACAGGGACAUGUGUAAUACUAACAUCAGCCAUGUUCCUUUACCUACCACACCAAAACCAACAGAUUGA